AUGAAUGUUAAGGAGUUUCAUGCAAUAAAAAUUAUGUGUUUGACCUCAGUGAAGUAUGGAAAUUAAAAAAAAAAAAAAAUUUAUUGGUUAAAUUGUGAUUCCUCUUCAACAAUGUUUUAUUUGAAUAAAAACAUUAUGAUCUCGCUGGCAACUAAUUUCAGAUGUUUGCCAGCAUGUUAAAAUGUUGUUGUGGAAGACAAAGGUUGAAUAUUUAUUACCGUGUCCCCCGCACUCUACAAUCCUUGACAAUCUCCAGCUUUAGUACUUCUGCCACCAGAGAUACCCUGAGAAGAGCCCCCAAGUCUGUUUACACAAUUUUUGGAGUCCCCAUGUCCUAUAUUCCAUGGCCUUCUCAGUUUUUAAAAGCCCUAGUUCGAAAGAAGGUGAAGCCAGAAACUCUUGGAUCCAGUAAAUUUCAGUUUUCCACAUUCCACAGGUUAUCCUUCUUAUAUGUGAUCUGUGCUUGGUCAGCUCUUGGUCUACUUUUCUAUUCUAUGUAUUCAGAGGAAUUUACGGUGGAAAAGGAUGAAAAAACUCCUGACUAUGGUGGAGCUGAUUGGUUUUAUUUGAGCGUAAAAAAUCCAUCACAAAUCACAGACCCCCUCAAGGUCAAGAAGUACAAGGUCCAAGGAUUCUCUUUGGUUGAGGAUAAAGAGUUCCCUGCUGUACUAGAAAAGCAUGUUAAAGAAGCUAAAGAAGCUGCUGAACUAUCAACGGAUCCUAAAAUUAGACAAUGUAACGUCUAA